AUGCACAGCGAGGCUCUCACCGUAGUCGUUGAAAGACCACGGCCACCGACCGCUCCUAAUGGACAUCUGGACCUUGCCAGUAGCAAGCAAGCUGUCCGAACCGAGAGAAGGCCCGGACACCAACGAAGAUACGCGCCGAAGACUCGCACAGGGUAUGAGCAAACAAACCAUGAGCCUUUAAUCCUGCGACAUGCUAGUCUAACGCCGUUCUACAGAUGCAUUACCUGCAAGUACGUCUCCCUUGUAUCGAUCCCAGACCCCCUUUCCGUAGCUGGUCAUUCCUUCGUAUCCAUACACACUCUCUGCCGAAACAAUUGCUUCACACGAACGUCCACGCAUGCUUUGAUCCUCACGAUCGAUUUCCCUGACCGUCCUCUAUCAGGAUACGCCGGGUCAAGUGCGAUGAAGAUAAGCCUUUCUGCAAACGCUGUACAACCACUGGCCGCAAGUGUGACGGCUAUGUGAGCCCCGGAGAAUCGACCACACUGAAAAGUCCAGAGCCCCUAACGGUUGCUCUUGCGAACGAUGUGACGUGCGAUGCGUUGGAAAGACGGAUCUUUGACUUCUUUCGUGCUCGGACAGCGCCAUGUGUAUCUGGAUAUUUUCAAGACGCAGUAUGGGACCGCAUCGUACUACAGCUGAGCCACAGCGAACCAGCCGUGAGAUACGCCGUCAACGCUCUGGGAGCACUCCAUGAGGAGCGCCAACUUCGUCAUACCGCCGACCAUAACGGAACUGACGCUCAACUGGUCAAGACUGGGUUUCCUCUCUCACAAUACGCCAAGGCGCUUAACGAGAUGCAGUCGCUGUUGAAAAGUGGCGGCGUUUCGUUGGAUGUGGUCUUGAUCUGCUCACUUCUCUGCAUACACUUCGAAGCGCUGAGAGAAUGCUUUGUGCCGGCAUUGAUGCACGCGGAGAAUGCAAUCCAACUGCUCCAAUCGAGUACGAGCUUUGAUGCUCGGAGGGUCAAUCCGAACCUAGUACGCGCUAUCAUGAGGAUCGAUCUUCAAGGAGCCAUGUACCUGGGCUCAAGAGUACCUGGACUUCCUUUCUACACUGCUGCGGUAGAUUCGGUGUUGCCAAGCUCAUUCCAUGACCUCAACCACGCUCGGGAUAUGGUCACCACUUGGUCAGGUCGCCUUUUCCACUUUAUGCGGACUGUCGCCGACGACCACAAGUUCCGCGAGCCUGGCAACAUCGCUUUGGAGGAGUAUGCAAGGGCCCAGGAGCUCGAGCGAACAUUUAUCGGAAUGGAUAAAUUGCUGUGGGACUUUAUGUACAAGCCAUCGGUCAAACUCACGAUGAGAGAGCAGCACGGCUUGGGAAUGCUACGGACUCGGGUCAAGAUCAACCUCAUUCUAUCGGCGACAUGUUUGUUCUCGGAAUCCUGCAUAUUCGAUCGGUACACGGAGGAUUUUGACGAGAUUCUAACGAUAUGCCUCUACAUCUUGGGCAGCGACAACGCCGAACGCCGCCUCUUCUCCGUCAGCUUGGACGAAGGCAUCAUACACCCGCUCUUCUUCGUCGCGACACAUUGUCGUGACGGUAGGAUACGACAUCAAGCCCUGGAGCAACUGGACAGGCUACCCAAGUCGGGCGGAAUCUGGCAUGUGGAGACGACGAUCCAAACGGCGAAGAUGUGCAUUCUCUGGGAGGAGUCGCUCACGGAUAAAGAGCAACCACUCUGCGAGGAUAUACCAGAAUGGCAACGCAUCCACAGUGCUGGAUUCGAUGGCUGGGAUGACGAUAACCCGAAGCGAACGGUGAAGGUCCAUCUGCGGACACGACCGAAUGGCAUGGACGGCGAAUGGCUCGACUUUUACGAGGAGUUCGGACGGUGAGUGAGAGAGAUGGUGAAACUGGAGUCCGUUGGGCGGAGACUGACAUCGAUACAGUGCAGCAAACAAGCUCCCGUUGCAAGACCUGCAAAAGAUCUGGAGCGCGCACGAGACGCCGAUGAUCAAGAAGUACGAGCGUCCCUGGUGCGGUGUUUGGGGCAUGGAAAUAGUGAACUGA